CUUUGUGUUUCUGUUCUGUGUUCUGUCUUCUGUAACUGACUUGUUGAAAACUUGAAAAUUUCAACCGCAUUGUAAAUUUAAAUUUAAAAUAAUUAUCUAAACCCUUUCAAAAAAUAACAGUUCAAAGUGAUCUCAUCUUAAUAUUAACAGUGCUAUUUCUCAAAAAGUCGCUAUGCGAGAAGCAUAGUCUCCAACAAAGUUUUCAACCACCCGCCAAUUAUUUUGAGGUAAAUUUGUCACGAUGAAUGAUGAACUGCUGGAACGGUCAUUGCGACUACUGGAUGAAACCACAAGGACUCCAAUAUCACAUGCUUUUCGGGCUCCAAGAUCAACCAAUAAUAGCCCAAGACUCUCAGGUAGUUUUCAGCCGAAAACGAGAAGUGCACAUCCAAGAAAAUCGACAGUGUUCGACUCUUCAAUCACACUGAACCCUGGCGAAUUGUCGAGAAUUCUAGAUGGCAUACCAGACAAAACUACUACCUUCAAAAAUGUCCAAGGUUGUGACCAGUUGUACAGGAACUUUAUGGAAAGUGCGUUUUUCCUGGAUAAUCCGGGACUUUCGGUUCAAGUGCUCGAUACAAUUGCCGACUUCGUUCAGAACUGUUCAGACUUGCUGGCUCUGAAGAACGGCGCCAUGAACACCAACGAUCCUGACAUAGCAUGGCUUGAGAGCGAGCGGAACUCGUGGAACCUGGUGCUGUGCCUGUACCAGAACCGGUUGUACCCGCCCAAGGACAAAGAGGACGCCAUGGAUGUGGCGGUGAAGCACUCAAGCGAGAAGGAGAUAGUGUCCAGUCUGUAUGUCGUUGACAACAAUGUGAAAGAGAGUCAACUAGUAGUGGACUGGCUGGAGAAAAUAGCGGCCGACCAGCUGGAGAGCAGUGCCGCGCCUCGGUUUGGGUCACUUCAUGGACAAAACGGUGGCGUGGGAGAACACGCUGCAUCAGUUGCAAAGCGAGCACAAAUUGCCUACUCCAGCAGUCGUCACAUUGUGGCCAGUCUAGAGCCAGAUGCACAACUCAGGCAGAAUCGGCCGCUGCAUGAUCUCGAUAUGGAAGACGAAGCCCGUCUGCUGCAACAGGUGUUCACCGAGAUCAGAUGCGGCCGCUUGGAGCAGGCUCACUCGCUGUGCUACCACGCCGGCCAGCCUUGGAGGGCAUGCACCCUGGAAGGGUGGCGACUGCAUCACGAUCCCAAUCUAACCAGGCCGGCGCACCUCGAUAAGCUGCCUGUCGAGGGUAACCCUAAUCGUGACAUCUGGAAGCUGUGCGCGUGGCGGUUGGCGGACGACGUUCGUGCAACGAGCGUGACACGUGCCGUGUCCGGCGCCCUGUGCGGCCACUUGCCGGCACUGGUGCACUUCUGCAGUGGCAGCUGGGAGGACCUGCUCUGGUCGUACACGCGUGUAAUGAUAGACGUGCGCGUCGAACAGGAGAUACGCGCCUACUGCCAGAGACGCGAUCGGCCCUAUGUCGAGAUGCCUGAUGCCUACUGGAAUAACAGACUGAGUAUGGAAGAGAUAUUCAGUUUUCUGGAGGCGAGCAGCGAUGCAAAGGUGAGCGAUGAAUCAGCCAGACCUGAGAGAGUUGUACAGAAACUACUCAUUCUCAACAAAAUCCCAGAACUGCUCAAACUGAUGGCCGAAUGGAUACAGCGUGAAAACUGUACGCCACAUUUUACAAGAUAUUUGGCACACUUGGUUCUGAUUUUGAGGCGAGUUGGAGAAAGCCAAGCCGGAGAUGUUGGAGAUGAAAUACUUAAGGCUUAUGUUAAGGUGCUGGUGGCGAGCGACAGCGACUGUGAAGUGAUCGCCUACUAUGUGGCCACCCUGUUGCCGGACGACCAGGUGCACAUCUACGCCGCCUACCUGGAGUCGGUGGGCGAAGGGGACAGUGAGCAGCGCCUCACCUGUCUCAAGGUGGCCGAAGCUGCGACCUCCCGGUCGAGGCCAUCACUCAGCAGGUCGUGCUCAAUAUCAGGUGACCAUACGAAAAUUGUGAAAAUUAAAAUGAACAAAGUGUCUGAUGACAACGUGAACGUAAAGCUGUUGGCCGAAACGACGGCAGAUGACCUUGAGAAGGUGAGUGCCCUGGACUGGGUGGUGUUCUACCCGCAGCAGAGGGCCGAAGCUCUGUGGCAGACCAAUGCGCUCAUCAGGAGCUUCCUGGCUAAGGGCAAACUGGAAGCUGCGCGGCUCGCCUUUCAAAAGAUCCCGGUGGACUCGCUGGAGCUGAUAGCGACCCAAAACCAGCUGGAGCCAGGCAUGCAGGCUGAUGAGUUCUUCAUCAACAGUCUCCCUGUGAGGGUGUCGGCAGCUGUUAGAGAGUACCUCUGUCAUAAGGCCUACCUAGACGCGCAAGAAGGUUUCGCCGACUGGUUUGAGCAGCAUCACAACGCCAGACCCGCCAAGCCGGCCAAACUGGGAGACUCCGCCUCAUUCACCGAGAAAGUGGCGCACGAUCACAAGAUGGCGCUCUACAACAAGGAGAUGCAGCGCUGGAAGAUGGCCGUCGCGCACCAGACUAAGUGCGUGAAAGCCCAGCUGUACAACGUGCUACUGUUUCCGGAUGGAGGUUGGCUGGUAGAUAAUGAGCUGGAUGACCAGCUGAGGCAGCAACAGAUGAAGUCACUGCGCAGUCUCUGUCUGCCCAAGAUUGUGCUGUUGCUUCAUACAGUGCUGCAGAGUUCAGGAGACUUCACCGAAUGUAUGAGACUUGCCGAUCUGGUUGUUAGCGAACAAUACGAACUCUACAGGGUGUAUUCAAAACAACAAUUGGCCGAAUUGCUGCAUAAACUGAGUGAAACGUCUCUAUCAUUACUAGAUAACAAGAAGGACCCUUGGGGGUACACAGUGUCAUCCUAAAUUGCCACAUAUCAAACGGGAUCUUUAUGGAGUUUCAAUUGGCAAGAUUAAAUAAUUUGAAGCUGCUGUUGAUUAUUAAAUUCCAUUAAGAUGAAAAUUUCUUAACGGACGAUUUCUGUGUUCUAGUAUUCCGUGUAUUGUAACUGUAAUGUUUUUAUGGACAAUCCAUUUGUUUUAAUAAGUUAAUAAAAUCAGUUUUUCAAGUAUAAAA